AUGGAAAUCGGUUACGAUUUCUCGGAAAUUUUCCAAUCGGAGCCAAUUCAACGCCUGGACCGCACACAAUUGACCCGUUUCAACCCCAGAAAAUUCUGGGCAGUCCAGAAAGCGAUUGAUACCCUAGGAGUUUUGUCAACAGAGGCACAAGGGCUAAAGCGAAUUUUAACCACUUAUGAAAAAGUACUAAAUCAACCGGAGGAUCAGUUUUUGUACUUGAUGUGGCAUCGACAUCCGUCUAAACCUUCAACCAGCGUGCUUAUCGGGCUUCUCAAAGUAGGCAAGAAACAUCUUUACUUGACGGACAUUGAGCAGAAGAGAUACGAAGAAGAACCGCUGUGCAUCUUAGAUUUUUACGUGCACGAUUCCGUACAAAGACGAGGAAACGGGCAUAUGCUGUUUGAGCACAUGCUUAACCAAGAAUCAACUUCAGUCUCUGCAGUAGCUAUUGAUCGACCUUCAGAUGCUUUCUUACAGUUUCUGUCAAAAUUCUACGGACUGGAAAAACCCGUGUGGCAGUCGACAAACUUUGUGGUGUUCCCCGAGUUCUUCGAGGGCAAGAAAACUAUGGAUAAUAUGGUCUACAACAAAAAAGGACAGAGAGAAGGUCGAAGUGAGAAAUUCGGAACGAGCAAAAAUUCUGAGCACGCGAUCCUAGAAGCGAACAGUAGGGAUAGUGUAGCUGGGCUGCUUCACGGUGACACAGCUCCGGAAUUCCGUCGAAUUCCCGCUCCAGAUACACCACUGGAUCGAAAGAACAGGAGAGACUUCGGACAUCAGAGCUUAUGGUAGCCCUGUAGUAUCUUCCAGUGCCAACGCUUUUGUUGUGAAUUGUUAUAUAAUGUACGCAGUUUUUGAUUUUCAUUUUGUUUGGAUUAUCAGUUACUUUGAUUUUCAUUGUUUUG